UUGCACCUGAGUUGUGCGAGUCUUACAAAGCGCUUUUAAUACUAUAAAAUUCAAUCAGGAAGAAGAGAUGGCGUUGUCUCCGAGAUACACGCGUGUGGGGGCGGAGGAGAGCCGUGACGACCUGGCCCUAGUGCGGCACGGAAGCGGCAAGUUCUCUGCGCAGACAACACAGCGCAGCUUCACGACUGAGGAUCUGCCCAGCGCCAAGUCGUUCGUGAACGUAUCGGAUGCUGCAGAGGAGACUAAGAAACGCUCUGGCUCCGACAUCUUCGAGAGCAGUCGUAUGGCCAUUAUUAAAGGCAUACAGGGCGUUGGACUCGAUCGUGUGGUGGACUCAGUGCAGAAGGCCUUCACACCUGACGACUCGGAGCGAGUAUUGAGAGCCGAGUGGCUCGUGGUGGAGACGGAGGAGGAGCAACUCCAGCAGCUCCAAGAGGUUGUGCACAAGCUUCAAAAGGCUUUCAAGUUCUCCAAUAGACUGCGGACUCUAGUCAAACUGGCUAAUAGUACACUAGCCAAGUGCGACGAGCUCGUGGAGCGCAGUCAGGCGCAUCUGGAGCAGUGUAACCUUAUGUUCGCUCAAUGUGCGACCGAGAUCGCCACACUAACGGACUAUUUGAGUAAGUUGAGAGAAGCUGUGAUCCCGCCGCUACAGACCAAGGACCAUAACGAGGAGAAGAAAAAUGCUCGACGAGCAGAGUGGGCGCUGGCCAGGAUGACUCAAUGUUCUCAGUCUAUGGUGUCGGAGAUGAGAGAGAGCUUGGAUGAAUUGGAUGACUUGACGACCGAGUGCACCAAGUUGAUGGUGCAGAGUAUCACGUUGCUGCAUAUGAGAGGAAGAUCUGCUGAUUUUAGCGGCACUGGUGUGGCUGCAGGCGCGGCUGGUGUGGUGGCUGGAGCGGUCGUGGGUGUGGCUGGAAUUGUUGCUGCUCCAGCGACGAGUGGGCUGAGUGUACCCAUCUCACUUGCGGGCAAGAGUUUGUUUCUGUCGGGUAUUGCGGCUCUGACGCCGUCCAGUAUCAUGCUCACCCGCCAAAGCCAGCAGCUUCAUGGACUGUCGUCGCUGGUGGUGAAUCUCAAAUCUUGCUUGGAGAUUAUGAAUCAGAAAAGGGAAGAGAUGGCAGUGGCUUUUGCAGCGGUGGAAGGUCUCGAUCUAGAUAUUAAGCAAGCGACGGACUUCUGCCAGGACGCGAUCGAGCUGGAGAGCUCCAUUUACGUGAGUUUUACUGGAAUAUUUUCUUGUGUGGUAGAGAAAAUUUACUGUAUUCUUUUGGUGAAACUUGUAGGAGAAUUCGUGGGGCUUUAUUGAGGAUAUCAGUGUGAAGCUCAUGACGCUCAACCAGUCGGUACAGCUCUUCCAGGCGUCUCCAAGUAUCUGGCACUUUUGCAAGUCGGAAGAUGCCAUGUACCAGUACCUGCUUGCUGAAGAGGAGGAAAACUGAGCUCCAGUAGGAUACUGUGACCACGGAAUACACAAUUCAUCGCCACGCAGCAGCAGAGGUUUGUAUCCACGCAACUAUGCGCGGACAUUAUCGCCCACUUUCAUUUUGUACAUGUAGCCAUUUUGCGUCGUAUUCGCAAAAAGUACAUACCCGCUUUUGUCAAUCAAUUCUUUUGUCA